UCAGUUUAUUAUAAAUUGUAAAAAAGAAAAAGAUAGUUUCUUCUUUAGUAAAAAAACGGGAUCCCUAAAAAUUGUCAACCAGCAAACCCAAACAGACAGUUUUGGCGUUGUAGUUUUGACAAAGGUUGGGGACAUUUUUAGGGAGCCCGUGGUGUCCUCAUCUGUAGCCCGUUUCUGUAACUUUUCUCUACCGAUUAUUUCUCUACUGGUAGAGAAAAUACGUCAUUCUCACCUACUAAUUAGCAGUAGAGAACAGGGCGGCGAAUUCAUAUCUCAAUUCGCCUUGGUAGAGAAUUGUUACAGAAACGAGCUACUGAUUUAGGUAUUUUUGUAGCUCAAAUUAUAGAUGAAGACAUUCAAAUUAUUAAGAGAGAAGAUAUAGACCAUAAGUAUUUUGCUAUUCCAGUAGGGAAUACAUUUAUUUUAAUUCCUAUGUUACAUAACUUAUUUUUAUAAUUUUACUUAGGAAGAAAUGGAAUUCAGUUUUAUAAUUGAUGGAGAGGAGGAGCCGGAUAUCAGUCAGGCAAAUGCUGGAGUAUCUCGCCGUUUCGACGGGUCCCAGCCUUUCCUCGACCGUAUGGCCACCCAACCUGCCGUGGAUAAUGACUCAGCGCAACAACAAAUUUUGGCUGCCCUUGCAAGAGUGGAGACUCGGCAAGAAGAAAUAUUAAAAAGGCUUUCCGCCGUAGAAAACGCCCUUGCCGAGAAGAUGCCCGAGCGUUGUGAAGUUCAAGCGCAGGGUCAACUGCUGCGUGAAUGUAAGGUGCUCUCUGCGAAAACCCACCGCAGUGUAAGCCGAAUCACCGGUGACUUGGUAAGUGAAGAGCAAACUUUACUGCAAAGUUUGCUACCAAUGUCAUCGGAGGAAACACUGCAUAAGGUGGAGGAGCACCUUCAAAACAAGGCACACGCUGACGCUAUGGCGGGCAUCAUCAUGCAGCUAAAAACAUCCAGGGGUACAGUGGAGAAAGUGCUGCAGUCGUUAUUCAGCGACGAGUUGGUGUGGCUGUACAACUUCGAUGGAAAGGCAGGGAAAAAGGCACUAAUAAAAUUAAAAACUGUCGACCUGGUUCUCGGUUGCUGUACAAAAGGCGUCUUGAAGCAUCGGCAGCUACAUUUAAACAAAUAUAUAUAUAUUAAUACAUAAAUUAUUUAUUUUUAGUUAUUAAAAUUUUUUAAUUUUUCGUUUAGAUUGUUUCUAUCGGAGAGUCAUUGGAUGUUGCCCAUAGCCAUUGGAAAAUGCUGCACGGGAAAGAUGAUAACAAAGAUGAAGGGAAAGAUGCCUACAAACGUCUCGAUUCAGUGGAGUCAUCAUAGGAGCAGUAAACGGUGUUCGGUGAUUCUGCCAAUUUAAUAUGAAGUAUCCGACAAACGCCAGCAGUUACUUGAAAUCAACAUUUUAAAAGAUCUAUAUAUAAGUCGUAAAAACGCAAUCAAAUUUUGCAAAGUUGUAACGAAACCGAUUUUUUGUGAACCAAUGUAAAUGAUUUGCAACUGUUAAUAUAUAUCAAAAGAAAGGUAAAUCG